UUCAGGUGGAAGCUGCUGCAGACCGAUGAUAGUAUGGAAGUCCAUGCAGGCUGUAAUAUGUAACAGUGUAGAAUAAUGGGAGAAAACUGUAUGUGAAAUACCUCCAUCAGCAGAACACAUUGAACCUGCUGUGUAUUCUUGAUCUAGAACCAAUAGCAGAGCAGGGCUAGUGUUGGGGAGGAGCUGUGCUGACCAUGUUGACCUGAUGAUAGUAUGGAAGUGAUCAUGAAAACAACAUGCUGCUGCUCUGCAGUCUGAGUGUUGUGGUUUGAAAAAAAGGACUGCCACUCCACAAACUCUGCGUGACUCAUCACAAAGCUCUCCAGUGAUGCAGCAGAAGCUUCUCUCGCUGUGGGUUUGGGUGUUGCUGGUGGCGGCUCUGUGCCCCGGUGCUCAGUACGCCUACAGUAAGCGAGGAGGGGUCUUCAGGGGCCGCGGUAAAGGCGAUGGCAACAAGGAGUCUCCCUCCCAGAGCAAAGGCCUCUCCAAGCAGGGCCUGAAGUGGGCCGGAGCCGCAGCAGCCGGGAUGCUGGGAGGCACCGGCACCGGCUACGGCCUGGGGUUCCUCGGCAAACCGAAGCACGGAUCUGGGAGCCAUUACAGCCGUAAGACUGAGCAGGAUCAACAAGUUUACUACCAGGAGAGCCAGAGAUACCACAACCAGUCUCUGUGGAGAUCCUUUGUUAAUGGAGCUGCUCCUGCUCCCGUCGCUAAUGUCUUUCUCACACUUGGAUUUGUGAUGUCUUUCCUUACAGCUGCCUGGAUAAGAGGCAUUUAAUCCAGCGUCUAAUUAAUGAGAAAGCAACUGAAUCAAAUUAAAGUGCCUCUGAACAAGCGA